ACGACCGACUCUAUUUGGCCCAGCAGCAGUAGGUUUAAUCGAUAUUCACACAAAAUGGGUGAUAUGUCCAAAGCUGAAAAAGAUUUCUUGCUCAGGAAACAUGAGCAGACAAUGAAAUUGCGUGCCGAAUACUUGAAGAACUCAACAAAUCCCUUCCGUCAUGCCACAGGUGAAGGCGGCACCAUUUUUGAUGCCGGUUUGGCCCGCUACCAAGCCAUGCGUGUCAGCAACUUUGAGCAUUUCAAGCCAACCGGUCAUGCAUUCCGUGUAGGCAUGGGUGUUGUUGUACUGCCAAUUAUCCUGUACGCUUGGGCCAUGAAAGCUGAGCGCGACGGUCGUGAAAAACAAUAUCGCAAUGGAGAGGUGGCCUACAAAGAUCGUCUAUUCAAAUUCAUUUAAGAA